CGCACACGUGGUUAGCCGAGCUCCUUCUCCUUGUUAUCCUUUUGCUUUUUAUCUUUGUGCAGCUUCAGAAUGCGAUUCCUAUUAAGAAUCUUUACAGUGUUUCUCGGGGUUGGAUUCCUUUGCUUGUGGACAUGGAUGCUUCAUGUGACUUCCACUCAGCCAACAGAUCACCAAGAAGCAAAAGAUUUUUCCACUCUUACUCCCGACACGUUCCUUCAUGUCCAACAGCUUCGGAAAAAGAAGCUGAGAAGUUUUUGUCUCGAGAACCCGAAGCUCAGCGGCUUACAGUCGGUUGAAAGCGCCGAGCAUCUUCUCAGCAGGAUGACAGCAAAUGAAAAACUCCAGAUGGUUUACUGUAAAGCCGGAGCCACGGGGAUCGAUGCCUGGGAAGAGCUCCUAGAGGUCCUUACCGAAAAGGAUGACGUAACGAUCGAGACUCCGGUUGUUGACCUCCACAACCUGAACUCAUCACUGACUGAAAACCAAGAAAAUCGAUACAAUUUAGCAAUGGUGGAAAAGGUCUUCCGCUCAUACACCAAAAUCAUUUUCGUCCGAGAUCCCUUUGAAAGGCUGGUCUCGGCUUAUACGCAGGGGUUUGCUGGAGAAAUCACGUUCAGUGAGUUUUUAGAAGAUGUUCUUAGUUUGGAACGCGGAACACGGGACGACUCGGGGACAACUAUGGUCAGUUUGUGCCAACCUUGCUUCGUUCAAUACGACUACAUAAUAAUGCUUGACUUCUUAAGAGCCGAGGUUUUUCACCUCAUGAAACGAAUGGGAAUACCGGAGGCCGUACUGAGGCCCAAAUUUUCAAAUAUCCAGUCCCAGCUGACCCAUAAAUGGUUAACUCAAAAUCUUUUCAGGGGCCUGACAUCUGAACAAAUAACCCAGCUUUCGGAAGUCUACCAACCCGACCUCGAGGCCUUCCCGUUUUAUAAUAGUUUACUUUUGAAUAAUUCCAAUGGAAAGAUUAGAUAAAUAAAAAUGGUUGGAUUUCACCAAA